UUCCGGGUUCCGUUUCUUGUCCCUGCGUAAUAGUUAAGGGAGCUCCCUUUUAUAGUCGGGUUUCAGGUGAGGGAUAAACUAUUGUACGUUGUCCCCCUAGUUCUAGCCGUUUUCGUUUGAAAUAAGAAGGAGAGGGUAGGGAGGAGAUGUACAGAUAAAGGGUGUUCUCUCUAAUGGGUUCCGCGCUUAACUUCCGGCGGCUAGAAGAAACUAAUUUCUAGCCAACAGAUCUGGGCGAGCAUUUGCGAUUGCGUCUUCCGGUUUUAACAGCGGCUGUUCUAACUGAAGUGGAAACUUAUUUUUGAGCUUCUUUUGGUGAGACUCUGAGAAAUUAAAUAGUACUUCCUCAAACCAUCAAGAAAAAAAAUGAAUUUCUUGGCUCUUUGUGCAAGCAAUUACUACAAUGGCUGUAUUUUUCAUAGGAAUAUUAAGGGUUUCAUGGUUCAAACAGGAGAUCCAACAGGUACAGGAAGAGGAGGUAACAGUAUCUGGGGCAAGAAGUUUGAGGAUGAAUACAGUGAAUAUCUUAAGCAUAAUGUUAGAGGCGUUGUAUCUAUGGCUAAUAAUGGUCCAAAUACCAAUGGUUCUCAGUUCUUCAUCACCUAUGGCAAACAACCACAUUUGGACAUGAAAUACACGGUAUUUGGAAAGGUAAUAGAUGGUCUGGAGACUCUAGAUGAAUUGGAGAAGUUACCAGUAAAUGAGAAGACAUACCGACCUCUUAAUGAUGUACACAUUAAGGAUAUAACUAUUCAUGCCAACCCAUUUGCUCAAUAGCCAUAAUAGACCUGGAUGAAUAUUAGUCAAACUAUUUGCUCAAAUGACUGUUGUAGUUUAUCCAGUUUCAAUGGUGACAGAGAUUGCAUCAUCCUUCUGCUUGUUUAUGACCAAUGGUGGCACUAAGAGGAGCCCACAGCUUUUAUCCCCAGUGUAGAGCAUAUUGUUUAAUAUAACCAUUAUCCAAUGUAUUUCUUUGAUUUUAAUAUAAAAACUUUAAUUUUUGUUACCCUUAUUUUUAAUGCUGUGCUUCUAUUAAAUGCAGGCAUUUUUGAAUACCCUAAUUAUAUACUCUUUCAUAUCUAGUUCAUAUCCUUGAAGUAUUAACUUUAAUUAAUUAUUCACUUUAUGCAGUUAGAAAGAAGGAGGACAGGAUAAAUAGAUGGUGUAGAAAGGCCAGCCGAUAUAGUUGCUAUUUUCUCUGGUCUUUAGAGUUUUAGUAAAGGGUCUGUUCUAUUCCAUUAGAUUGCUUUUAACAGAGUAUACUGUGAUUGGGUAAUUUAUAAGAAUGGAAGUGUAUUCAUCUCAUGGUUUGGAGACCUAUGAUCCAGUAGCUGUAUCUGGUAAGGGUCUUCUUGCUGGUGGAUCACACGGCAAGACAGCAGACCAGGAGAAUGUGUAUAUACCUAUGUGCACAUUCAUGCAUGUAUGUUUAUGUCUCUGUCUCCCCCCAAAAAAACUCAACAGGAUUUAGUCCUGGUGGCCCCAGUCUGAUGUCUGUCUAAUCCUUUCCAUAAAACCCCAGCUCUCAACAUUACAAAUAGAUUAAGGCUUCUCUUAAUACCUUCACAAUACAACCAAAUUCCAACACAUGAACCACCAUACCACCUGCAAACCAUUGAAAUAACAUUUUUUAAUAUAAUACCUUAUAUUAGUUUCUUCGGACUGCCAUGAAAAAGUGCCACAGAGGGAACCAGCAGUUAGUGUAAUGGCUAUGUCGCUGGACUCCCACGUAGUUGAUCGUGGUUCGC